AUGCUUGUCGAAGCCUUUGGAUGCAUCGUCCCCAUCAUCUUCGUGUGCAUCAGUCACUGGACUGUUGAAAGUCCAAGAUGGUUGAUCCUCCAUGGCCGCCAUGAGGAGGCACAUAAGUUGCUCAAGUCCCUACACAAAAGCCCGCAUGAUCUACACGACUCAUUUGCCGAGGCCGAGUACUAUCAGAUUGGACGACGGGCGGAACUAGAUUCGGCUCUGGACUUGUCAUAUAAAGGCAUGUUCGCAACACGUCACAUGACAAAAAGGACAGUCAUGGCCAUGAUAUGGCCAUUUAUGACUGCGACAUCAGGUAUUCUGGUCAUCUUCAAUUAUGGUCCGCUCCUCUACGAAAGCUUAGGAUACUCAGCAGAGAAGCAAGUACUUUAUCAAGCCGGGUGGACUACACUCAACUGGGCUGCAAACAUUUGCGGAUGUCUGUUCGUGGAUUUAUUCAAGCGGCCGACCUACGCCGCUAUUGGCCUCUUCGGUUGCAUGGCGUGCCUUUCUGUCGAGGCGGCGAUGGUGGCGACCUCGGAGACCUCGCCUACACAAGCGAUCCUGGAGUGUGGAGUGGCCGUUAUUUUCCUCUAA